AUGGCCGACUGGGACGAAGAAUACAACCGUACAUUUGGCGCUGGGCAGGCUGCGGUAGCCUCGGGCAGCGCGCCCCCCGCCAAUCCCUUCCUCGAACGCAUACGAGACGUGGCUCGCGAUGAUGACGAUAUCGACAUCGACGAGCUCAUGGCGCCUGCUGGCAUACAAGCCGGGCUUUUCGACCGUACCGGCUCGUCGACGCAGGGGGAACCGCCCAUCCAGCAGCUCAUCAGACACUGGAUGAACGAGCGCCACGCGCCUGAUAUCCUCCCAAUACAAGAACAGCUCCUAGCCAGCAUCUUGGAUCACAUUCGUCGGCAGUCCGACGCUGUGCAGCUGAUACGGUCGGAUCCCGGCGCCUCUCAGGAGGAGCACUUCCGAAUCGUCCUCGUCCAAACAGAGAUCGAGCGCAUCAAGUUCAUCGUGCGGUCGUAUCUACGAACCAGACUGUUCAAGAUCGAGAAAUACGCCCGGUACAUCGUUUCCAACGUAGAUAUCCAGACACGAAUUUCCGCAUCGGAGCGUGCGUAUGCUAGCAAACAAGCAAAAAUCCUAGAUAAUCACUUCUGGGUCACCGUGCUCCAAAGUCUACCCGAAGCCCAGUCGCAUCUUGACGAUACCCCGAUAUUCAUGCCCCCGAUGGUCACAGAACCUGACAAAUCGCGCGCCGUAUUCGUUCACGCUCUCAAACAGUGUCCACCGGUCAUUUUGCCAGAUGGCUCAUCACUCGAAAUGGCGAAAGACCAUAUUUCCCUUGUCCCCUUUUCGGCCGUGGAAAACCUCAUCCUUCGAGAUGAAGUUGAGUUGGUUUGA